GUGAGUUCUAAGACUAGCGGUGUUCACAGCAGGGAGAACUCCCGGUGGCUGAGUGGAUCCUUCUCCUGUAGAAAUGGCCUCCACCUACAACCCCAGAGAGUGCAAACUGUCCAAACAGGAGGGGCAGAACUAUGGCUUCUUCCUGCGCAUUGAGAAGGACACGGAGGGCCACCUGGUCCGAGUCAUCGAGUCGGGGAGCCCAGCAGAGAAGGCGGGGCUCCUGGAUGGGGACCGGGUCCUCAGAAUCAACGGUGUCUUUGUCGACAAGGAAGAGCAUGCGCAGGUGGUGGACCUGGUCAGACAGAGUGGGAAUUCAGUGACUUUGCUGGUUCUGGAUGGAGACUCCUAUGAGAAGGCUGUAAAAAAUCAGGUGGACUUGAAAGGAUUGGAUCAAAGCCAGAAGGAGCUGGCGUUGAACGAUGAGAAACCAGGCCCCGUGAUGAACGGAGCGGUGGAGAAGAGCACCCAGCCUCGGCUCUGCUAUCUGGUGAAGGAGGGCAGCAGCUUCGGCUUCUCUCUGAAAACUGUCCAAGGGAAAAAGGGUGUGUACCUGACGGACCUGACGCCCCAGGGCGUGGCCAAGAGAGCCGGCGUCCAGGAGGACGAUCGCUUGAUGGAGGUGAACGGAGAAAACGUGGAGGAGGCCAGUCACGAGGAGGUGGUGGACAAGGUGAAGAAGGCAGGAAAGCGCAUCGUGUUCCUCCUGGUGGACAAAGACACCGCCAGGCGCCAGUGCGAGGAGAAGACACAAUUCAAGAGGGAGACGGCCAGUCUGGAACUGCUGCCCCACCAGCCCCGGGUGGUGGUGAUCAAGAAGGGAAGCGAUGGCUACGGGUUCUCUCUGAAGGUGGCCCCCGAACAGAGAGGUCAAAUCGUCAAGGACGUAGAAUCUGGAAGCCCAGCAGAGGCAGCCGGCCUGAAGAACGAUGACCUGGUAGUCGCGGUCAACGGCCAGUCUGUGGAAGCCCUUAGUCAUGACAGUGUGGUGGACAUGAUCAGAAAGGGCGGAGACCAGACGGUGCUCUUGGUGGUGGACGAGGAGGCGGACAGCCUCUACAGGCUGGCCCAUUUUUCUCCACUUCUCUACUGCCAAAGUCAAGAACUGCCUAUCGGUUCUGUUGGUUCUGUCAAGGAAGCCCCACCUCCCAUCGCCGCUCCUCCGGAGGCCUCAUGCUCAGACACUCCGGAGGAUGCGGGAGGUCCGAAACUCAAGCUCUGCAGGCUGAUUAAGGACGACAACGACAGCUAUGGCUUUCACCUGAACGCCUUCUGGGGUCAGCCAGGCUCCUUUAUCAAAGAGGUACAGCGGGGAGGCCCCGCUGACAGGGCGGGGCUGAAGGACGAGGAUGUCAUCAUCCAGGUGAACGGGGAAGACAUGCAGGACGAACCCUACGACAGAGUAGCCGACAGGAUCAAGAGCAGCGGCCAGCAGGUCACUCUCUUGGUCUGCGGAAAGAAGGCCUACGACUACUUCCAAGCUAAGAAGAUCCCCAUUGUUCCCUCCAUGGCCGAGCCCCUGGCGGACGGCUCUGAUGGCAAAGGAGCGGAGUUGGAGCGUGACUCCCACCCAGAGAAGGAACGAACUCUCAGCACAAUCUCGAAUUCUUCUUCCAACUCUGAAGACACAGAGAUGUGACAAGAACAAACGGUGGUUUCCUCUUUCGGGUCCAGAUCUGCUUCUCCAGGAAGGAGGUGUGCUGACCCCGAGACCUCUGGAAUUAUCUGUCCCCCAGGACUGUCUGCUGUCACAGGGCACUAUUGCAGGUGGCUUAUUUAUGCUUAACUUAGCUGGAGGGCGGGGCCAGGUUCUUUGUCUGUGAUGUUUUGCAAAGUGCAACUUUCCAUUUCUGUUGAGGAAACAUUACUUGUGUAGGCUAGACACCUGGCGGGGCUCCGGGUGAAUGGGUGGGUGGGUGCUGCGAGCUAAUUACCAAGCAGACAGCCUCUCAGAAGUGUGCUUUUGUAGCAGUGCAGUGGCUAAGCAGCGUUACUAGAAGUGCUCUUGAGCUGCUUGCAGCCUCCCUGUUGGCUAAUAGUAUCUGAAUUUGAAUAGUGCCUUUGUUCUGUAUAAACAUUUCAUGCUUUUUCAUUUGCUUCUAGAAGCCCAAAACCUGACAAAAUAUACACUGUGACCUUAUAAAUAAAAGACUUCCAGGCAAAAUA